AUGAGGAGACUGGCUUUUCGAGGCGCUGGUUGUGCUCUGGUAAAGCUGAAGAAGUUGGAUUCCAUGGGUUCCAAGAGAAGAAGAGCUACCUCGCCAUCCAGUAGUGUCAGCGGGGACUUUGAUGACGGGCACCAUUCUGUAUCCACACCAGGCCCAAGCAGGAAAAGGAGGAGACUUUCCAAUCUUCCAACUGUAGAUCCUAUUGCUGUAUGCCAUGAACUGUACAAUACCAUUCGAGACUAUAAGGAUGAGCAGGGCAGGCUCCUCUGUGAGCUCUUCAUUAGGGCACCGAAACGAAGAAAUCAACCAGACUAUUAUGAAGUGGUUUCUCAGCCCAUUGAUUUGAUGAAAAUCCAACAAAAGCUAAAAAUGGAAGAGUAUGAUGAUGUUAAUCUGCUGACUGCCGACUUCCAGCUGCUUUUUAACAAUGCAAAGGCCUAUUACAAGCCAGAUUCUCCUGAAUAUAAAGCUGCUUGCAAACUCUGGGAUUUGUACCUUCGAACAAGAAAUGAGUUUGUUCAGAAAGGAGAAGCAGAUGAUGAAGAUGAUGAUGAAGAUGGGCAAGACAAUCAAGGCACAGUGACCGAAGGAUCUUCUCCAAGUUACUUGAAGGAGAUCCUGGAGCAGCUUCUUGAAGCCAUAGUUGUAGCCACAAAUCCAUCAGGACGUCUUAUUAGUGAACUUUUUCAGAAACUGCCUUCUAAAGUGCAAUAUCCAGACUAUUAUGCAAUAAUUAAGGAGCCUAUAGAUCUCAAGACCAUUGCCCAGAGGAUACAGAAUGGAAGCUACAAGAGUAUUCAUGCAAUGGCCAAAGAUAUAGAUCUCCUAGCAAAAAAUGCCAAAACUUAUAAUGAGCCUGGUUCUCAAGUAUUCAAGGAUGCAAACUCUAUAAAAAAAAUAUUUUAUAUGAAAAAGGCAGAAAUUGAACAUCAUGAAAUGGCUAAGUCAAGCCUUCGAAUGAGGACUCCAUCAAAUUUGGCUACAGCCAGGCUGACAGGUCCUUCGCACAGUAAAGGCAGCCUUGGUGAAGAGAGAAAUCCCACUAGCAAGUAUUACCGUAAUAAAAGAACAGUCCAAGGGGGUCGUUUGUCAGCAAUUACCAUGGCACUUCAGUAUGGCUCAGAAAGUGAAGAGGAUGCUGCCUUAGCUGCUGCACGUUAUGAAGAAGGAGAGUCGGAAGCAGAGAGCAUUACUUCAUUUAUGGAUGUUUCAAAUCCUUUUUAUCAGCUUUAUGACACAGUUAGGAGUUGUCGGAAUAACCAAGGGCAGCUAAUAGCUGAACCUUUUUUCCAUUUGCCUUCAAAGAAAAAAUAUCCUGAUUAUUACCAACAAAUUAAAAUGCCCAUAUCCCUACAACAGAUCAGAACAAAGCUAAAGAACCAAGAAUAUGAAACUUUGGAUCAUUUGGAGUGUGAUCUGAAUUUAAUGUUUGAAAAUGCCAAACGCUAUAAUGUUCCCAAUUCAGCCAUCUACAAGCGAGUUCUGAAGUUGCAGCAGGUCAUGCAGGCAAAGAAGAAGGAGCUUGCCAGGAGGGACGACAUUGAGGAUGGAGACAGCAUGAUUUCUUCAGCCACCUCUGAUGCUGGUAGCGCCAAAAGAAAAAGUAAAAAGAACAUAAGAAAGCAGCGAAUGAAAAUCUUAUUCAAUGUUGUUCUUGAAGCUCGUGAGCCAGGUUCAGGCAGAAGACUUUGUGAUCUAUUUAUGGUUAAACCAUCCAAAAAGGACUAUCCUGACUAUUAUAAAAUCAUAUUGGAGCCAAUGGAUUUGAAAAUAAUUGAACAUAACAUCCGCAAUGACAAGUAUGCAGGGGAAGAGGGAAUGAUAGAAGACAUGAAACUGAUGUUCCGGAACGCCAGGCACUACAACGAGGAGGGCUCCCAGGUGUACAACGAUGCGCACAUCCUGGAGAAGUUACUCAAGGAUAAAAGGAAAGAGCUGGGCCCGCUGCCUGAUGACGACGAUGUGGCUUCUCCCAAACUCAAGCUGAGUAGGAAGAGUGGAAUUUCUCCUAAAAAAUCAAAAUACAUGACUCCAAUGCAGCAGAAACUAAAUGAAGUCUAUGAAGCUGUAAAGAACUAUACUGAUAAGAGGGGUCGCCGCCUCAGUGCCAUAUUUCUGAGGCUUCCGUCUAGGUCCGAGCUGCCUGACUACUAUCUGACCAUUAAAAAGCCCAUGGACAUGGAAAAAAUUCGGAGUCACAUGAUGGCCAACAAAUACCAAGAUAUAGACUCCAUGGUUGAGGACUUCGUCAUGAUGUUUAACAAUGCCUGUACAUACAAUGAGCCUGAGUCUUUGAUCUACAAAGAUGCCCUUGUCCUGCACAAGGUUCUGCUUGAAACUCGGAGAGACCUGGAGGGAGAUGAGGACUCUCAUGUCCCAAAUGUGACCCUGCUGAUUCAAGAACUUAUUCACAAUCUUUUUGUGUCAGUCAUGAGUCAUCAGGAUGAUGAAGGAAGAUGCUACAGUGAUUCCUUAGCAGAAAUUCCUGCUGUGGAUCCCAGCUUCCCAAACAAACCUCCUCUUACAUUUGACAUAAUUAGAAAGAAUGUUGAAAAUAAUCGCUACCGGCGGCUCGAUUUAUUUCAAGAGCAUAUGUUUGAAGUCUUGGAAAGGGCAAGAAGGAUGAAUCGGACAGAUUCCGAAAUCUACGAGGACGCGGUAGAACUGCAGCAGUUUUUUAUUAAAAUUCGUGAUGAACUCUGCAAAAAUGGAGAGAUCUUGCUUUCACCAGCACUCAGCUAUACCACAAAGCAUUUGCAUAAUGAUGUGGAGAAAGAGAAAAAGGAAAAAUUGCCAAAAGAACUAGAGGAAGAUAAACUAAAACGAGAAGAAGAAAAAAGAGAAGCUGAAAAGAGCGAAGACUCCUCAGGCGCCGCAGGCCUCUCCGGCUUACACCGCACGUACAGCCAGGACUGCAGCUUUAAGAACAGCAUGUACCAUGUUGGAGACUACGUCUAUGUGGAGCCCUCAGAGGCCAGCCUGCAGCCACACAUCGUCUGCAUUGAAAGACUGUGGGAAGAUUCUGCUGGUGAAAAAUGGUUGUAUGGCUGUUGGUUUUAUCGGCCAAAUGAAACAUUCCAUCUGGCUACACGGAAAUUUCUAGAAAAAGAAGUUUUUAAGAGUGACUAUUACAAUAAAGUUCCCGUUAGUAAAAUUCUAGGAAAAUGUGUGGUCAUGUUUGUCAAGGAAUACUUUAAAUUAUGCCCAGAAAACUUUCGAGAUGAGGAUGUUUUUGUCUGCGAAUCACGGUAUUCUGCCAAAACCAAAUCUUUUAAGAAAAUUAAACUGUGGACCAUGCCCAUCAGCUCAGUGAGGUUUGUCCCUCGGGAUGUGCCCUUGCCUGUGGUCCGAGUGGCCUCUGUAUUUGCAAAUGCAGAUAAAGGGGAUGACGAGAAGAACACAGACAACUCAGAGGACAGUCGAACUGAAGACAGUUUUAACUUGGAAAAGGAGAAAGAAGAUGUCCCUGUGGAAAUGUCAAAUGGUGAACCAGGUUGCCACUACUUUGAGCAGCUCCAUUACAAUGACAUGUGGCUAAAGGUUGGCGAUUGUGUCUUCAUCAAGUCCCAUGGCCUGGUGCGCCCUCGCGUGGGCAGAAUUGAAAAGGUAUGGGUCCGAGAUGGAGCCGCAUAUUUUUAUGGCCCCAUCUUCAUUCACCCAGAAGAGACGGAACAUGAGCCCACAAAAAUGUUCUACAAAAAAGAAGUGUUUCUGAGUAAUCUGGAAGAAACCUGCCCCAUGACAUGUAUUCUGGGAAAGUGCGCUGUGUUGUCAUUCAAGGACUUCCUCUCCUGCAGACCAACUGAAAUACCAGAAAAUGACAUUCUGCUUUGUGAGAGCCGCUACAACGAGAGUGACAAACAGAUGAAGAAAUUCAAGGGACUGAAGAGGUUUUCACUCUCUGCGAAAGUGGUAGAUGAUGAGAUUUAUUACUUCAGAAAACCAAUUGUUCCUCAGAAAGAGCCCUCACCUUUGUUGGAAAAGAAGAUCCAGUUGCUAGAAGCUAAAUUUGCUGAGUUAGAAGGUGGAGAUGAUGAUAUUGAAGAGAUGGGAGAAGAGGAUAGUGAGGUCAUUGAGCCUCCUUCUCUACCUCAACUUCAGACCCCCCUGGCCAGUGAGCUGGAUCUCAUGCCCUACACACCCCCACAGUCUACCCCAAAGUCAGCCAAAGGCAGUGCAAAGAAGGAAGGCUCCAAACGGAAAAUCAACAUGAGUGGCUACAUCCUGUUCAGCAGUGAGAUGAGAGCUGUGAUUAAGGCCCAGCAUCCAGACUACUCUUUUGGGGAGCUCAGCCGACUGGUGGGGACAGAAUGGAGAAACCUUGAGACAGCCAAGAAAGCAGAAUAUGAAGAGCGGGCAGCUAAAGUUGCUGAGCAGCAGGAGAGAGAGCGCGCAGCACAGCAACAGCAGCCGAGUGCUUCUCCCCGAGCAGGCACCCCUGUGGGGGCUCUCAUGGGGGUGGUGCCACCACCAACACCAAUGGGGAUGCUCAAUCAGCAGUUGACACCUGUUGCAGGUGUGAUGAAUCAAGGAGUGGCCCCUAUGGUGGGGACUCCAGCACAAGGCGGAAGUCCGUACGGACAGCAGGUAGGAGUUUUGGGGCCUCCAGGGCAGCAGGCACCACCUCCAUAUCCUGGCCCACAUCCAGCCGGCCCCCCUGUCAUACAGCAGCCAACAACGCCCAUGUUUGUGGCUCCCCCACCGAAGACACAACGGCUCCUCCACUCAGAGGCCUACUUGAAAUACAUUGAAGGACUCAGUGCUGAGUCCAACAGCAUUAGCAAGUGGGACCAAACCCUGGCAGCUCGAAGACGCGAUGUCCAUUUGUCAAAAGAACAGGAGAGCCGCCUCCCCUCUCACUGGCUGAAAAGUAAAGGGGCCCACACCACCAUGGCAGAUGCCCUCUGGCGCCUUCGGGAUUUGAUGCUCCGAGACACCCUCAACAUUCGCCAAGCGUACAAUCUAGAAAACCUUUAAUCACAUCAAUUACGUUUCUUUUAUAGAAGCAUAAAGAGUUUUGUGGAACAGUAGCCAUUUUAGUUACUGGGGGUGGGGGGGAGGAACAAAGGAUGGUAAUUUUUAUUGCAUUUUACUGUACAUCACAAGGCCAUUUUUAUAUAAGGACACUUUUAAUAAGCUAUUUCAAUUUGUUUUUGUUAUAUUAAGUUGACUUUAUCAAAUACACAGAGAUUUUUUUGCAUAUGUUUCCUUCGUUUAAAACCAGUUUCAUAAUUGGUUGUAUAUGUAGACUUGGAGUUUUAUCUUUUUACUUGUUGCCAUGGAACUGAAACCAUCAAAGGUUUUGUCUUGGCUUGGGAUUUUGGUUUUUGGUUUUGUUUUUUUAUAAAAGAACAAACAAAAUGAAAAAAAUACACACAGACGCGCACGCGCACGAGAGUUUACAGAUUAGUUUAAGUUGACAAUUAAAUGUGAAGUUGGUCCUAGUUUACAUCUUACAGAGGGGAGUGCACUGGUGUCUGCAUCAUGUACCUGAGUAUCUUGAGCCACUUCAGCAAAAGCUGUUUUUUACAGGUGAAGUGAAAAGUUGUUACUUCAGGUUACAGGUGUUUGGCAGACCUGGCACAUUUGCUCUGUCAACUCAGAGACUUGCUCCAGAAAUCUGAAGUCAGUGCUGUGCAUCCUUCUGAAGCUGGUGCGUCUCUCAGACACCUGGAGGGAGAGAGCACAGUUUCUUGUGCUGUUAGUCAUCUAUGGUGUCAGGUAUUUCUGCAGAACAUGUGCACAACCCUGAAUUACCUUUAGUCUUGGCAGGUAAGUUUAAGGGUACUUUCGAUCUAUUUAUAUUGAAUUCACAAUUUAUGCCUAUACUUGUUGGAUGAUUUAAAAUUUUAAAUCUCUUACAUUGAAGAAGAUUGAAGUUCACCUUGAAGAAAGCAUUGAGGUGUGCAUAGAGGUGAUUUAUUUUUUAAACCUAACACCCAACCUAACAUAGGGAAGGGAGUGCAUAACCAGAUAUGAGCUGUGUCAGAAGCGUAAUUGUAAAAAGGGUAGACUGUCUACAUAUGCAAGUAUGUUUUCGUAUCUAUUUCCUCACCAGAUGUGGCAUUUUUUUUUUCCUUCUAAGUCUCAGCAUGGUAAUUCUCAACCAGAAAUUUAAGGCUUUCUAAAAUGUUUUUUAAAUUUAAUUUGUGCUUUUGAAUUUCAGGAGAAAGUAAUUAUAAUCUAAGAAAAUACUCACUUAAAAAGACCAUUAUGGAUCCCAAACACUUGGGGUUGACCCUUUCUCUUUCAUAUGAGCCUCGAAUGAACAUCUGGAGGCAGAGUAUGAUGCACAGACAGGUAGAAAAGCACCACACCUGGAUUCCACUCGGUUUUUGAAACCUGUUUUUUUGUAACAAGAUUGUUGCCAUUUUGGUGGAGCUUCCCUUGCUGUUUGUAAAUUGAGAGAGUGACUCUCAAGGGAUACUUUUUUCUUUUAAUCUGGUAUGAAUCAAUAGCUGGAUAUUUAAUUGCCAUUCUUUCUAAAUCAUGGGAACAAAAGUGUGUAAAAUGGAAACAAGUCUCCUGUAUUCUAGAUACUUUAAAUACAGGAGGCCUUUGUAACUUAAUUGCCUAUAGUCAACCACUGGAUCUCAGUUUGCAUCAAGUAUUUUAAAUAAUUCUGAAUUUUAAAAAAUGUAUUGCAGUAGUAUGUCAUUACCUUAUUGUUAAACUGAAUCAGAUAAAGAAAUCUUCAGCUCCUAGUUAUUUGGGCCAUUGAAUCAUCAUGGACUGUAUAAUACAAUCAGAUUAUUUUAUUUCUAGACAUUCUUGAAUUACACCAAAGAACCUGAAAUCUAAUUUUGGUUAAGUUAUUUAUUUAUUUCAUGCACCCAUUUUAUUUCCCUUUUUAAGGUCUGGAUGAGGCUUCUUUGGGAAGCUUCUAAAAACUUCUUUGGGCUAGGUGGGGCAUUAGAAGCCAGGGCACUCCUCCUCCGGGCUCCUUCCCAGUGUCUAGAGGUGCUGUAGAAACCAUAGAUCCAGCCAGGGGCUUCCCUAAGGCAGUGCAGAGCCGGGCCAGGGGGCCAGUAGGCAGGCCCUAAUUAAGUUUAAAAAAAAAAAAAAUCUAUGUAUUUAUUUUAGAAUCAUGUCUUUCUGUAUAUUAACUUGGAGAAUAUCAGUUAAUAUUUAGGAUAUAAGAUUUGAGGUCAGCCAUUUUCCAAAAAAGAUAAGCCAAAAAAAAUUGUUUUUAAUGUCCUGACUUAAGAAAGUACAAGUGAACUAUAUACAUCUUUUUUUUUCCCCCAUGAGUUUUAGGAACUAGUGAUAUGGCUUAGAAAGUUUAAUGGCCUAAAUGUUUUCAAAAUGUAAGUUCAUGUGGAAAAGAAUUUUAUUUGGGAGAAAACCUAUAGGUUUAAAAUAGUAUGUCAGCCAACUGAUUUAAAAGGCCUUUGAACUGCUUUGUUUUUGAACCCACCCUUGUCUUCCUAUGAGGAAGAACUGAAAGGGGACACUUCUUUGUGUGAAAUCUCAAACUGGUGUUGUUGACUUCUGAGCUUGAACAUUUUCAGACCUAAUUCAAACUUGGUUUAUUCUAAUUUCUGUAUCAAAGGAGGUUUAAGUGGUAACUAGUCUUAUAACAUGUAUGUAUCAUAUGUUUGUUCACUUAAAGCUUUUUAAUCCAAAUAAAAAUGGAGUUUGCAAAGUGAUUUGGAUUAACCAGGUUUGGUUGUUCUGUUUAAGCUUGUGUCAGAUGUUAGGUUCAAGCAGAGUUAAUUCCUGCAAGCCUUGAUUCUAUGCUGACAGGGAUAUAUAGCUGCCAAUUUAAAGGAACAAAGCUCCUCAGGUGGAGGCAAAAAUCAGUGAGCAGACCCUGGUUCAGGGCUCAGGCUGCGUUAGCACAGGCUGAAUGCAGUCACACUGCAGCUGGACAUGCCCCACGAGAAGCCUCCCAGGCAGGCAGUCAGGGAAUUCCUAACAUGUCCUCAUCGUGGGCAGAAAUACGGUUGAAGUUAAAAUUGUAGAGUUACUGAUGGUGGAAGGUAAGGAAAGCGUGUCUUGUAUCAUAAAGCCAUGUAAGCCCUUUCAGACAGCGGUCUGUGGCCAGAAGAGACCAGUGGCCCAGGUAUGUCUUCAACAUGCUUAUAAGCUCUUAAAAACAUGACCACACUUUUAAUAGAAGUGUUGGUAAAAUCAACCAACUGUUUUCCUCUAAUAUCACUUUGCAAAUCCCUGUGACUCUGUACCCCUAAGUGUUCGGGGCUGUACUGCCCUCUGUGCUCACGAGCAUACUUUGAAUAAUCACUGAUGAAUAGUUGAACAUUCCCACUGAACACUGUG